ACCGCGAGCGGAGCCAUGGCGGCGCUGCUGCUGCUGGUGCUGGGCCUGGAUCCGGGGCCCGGGGCGGGCGGGGGUCGUCCUGGCGGCCUGGAGGAAGAGCUGGUGGCCGAGGCCAGUCACCGCCAGGACAGCGCCAACCUGCUGGUCUUCAUCCUCCUGCUGACCCUCACCAUCCUCACCAUCUGGCUCUUCAAGCACCGCCGCGCCCGCUUCCUCCACGAAACCGGGCUGGCCAUGAUCUAUGGAGUUCUGGUGGGCGUCAUCCUUCGCUACGGCAUCCACAUUCCCAGUGAUAUCAACAACGUAACCCUAAGCUGCCCAAUGCAAACGAGCCCAGCUACUUUGCUGGUCAACCUGAGUGGGAAGUUUUAUGAGUACACCCUGAAGGGGGAAAUCAGUUCCCACGAACUUAAUAAUGUUCAAGAUAAUGAAAUGCUGCGGAAGGUAACUUUUGAUCCUGAAGUAUUCUUCAAUAUCUUGCUCCCUCCCAUUAUAUUUUAUGCUGGAUAUAGCUUAAAACGGCGUCACUUCUUCCGAAACCUUGGAUCCAUUUUAGCAUAUGCAUUUCUUGGAACAGCAAUUUCCUGUUUUAUGAUAGGAUCCAUCAUGUACGGCUGUGUCGCGCUGAUGAAAGUGAUGGGGCAGCUUGGAGGAGACUUCUAUUUUACCGACUGCCUGUUUUUCGGGGCCAUCGCCUCCGCUACGGAUCCUGUGACGGUCCUCGCCAUAUUCCAUGAACUUCAAGUGGAUGUUGAGCUCUACGCCCUUCUCUUUGGAGAGAGUGUCCUCAACGAUGCGGUAGCCAUUGUGCUGUGUUCUUCAAUCGUUGCCUACCAGCCCGCCGGAGACAACAGCCACACUUUCGAUGUGACCGCCAUGUUCAAAUCCAUCGGGAUUUUCCUUGGGAUUUUCAGCGGAUCGUUCGCCAUGGGGGCUGCCACCGGUGUCGUCACCGCUCUGGUCACCAAGUUUACCAAACUUCACGAGUUCCACCUGCUGGAAACUGGCUUGUUUUUCCUGAUGUCCUGGAGUACGUUCCUGUUGGCCGAGGCGUGUGGUUUUACCGGUGUGGUGGCCGUUUUGUUCUGUGGCAUCACUCAAGCUCACUAUACCUACAACAACUUGUCCACAGAAUCGCAGCACAGGACAAAACAGUUGUUUGAGCUUCUCAACUUCCUGGCGGAGAAUUUCAUCUUCUCCUACAUGGGACUCACCCUGUUCACCUUCCAGAACCACGUCUUUAAUCCAACCUUUGUGGUUGGGGCUUUUCUGGCGGUAUUCCUGGGAAGAGCGGCAAACAUUUAUCCCCUCUCUUUCCUACUUAACCUGGGGAGGCGAAACAAGAUCGGAACAAACUUUCAACAUAUGAUGAUGUUUGCUGGCCUGCGGGGAGCCAUGGCGUUUGCCUUGGCCAUCCGGGACACAGCCACUUACGCGCGGCAGGUGAUGUUCAGUACGACUCUGCUGAUCGUCUUUUUCACCGUCUGGGUCUUCGGUGGUGGCACCACCACGAUGCUCUCGUGCCUGCACAUUCGGGUUGGUGUCGAUGCUGACCAAGAUAAUGUGGGCGGGCCAGAAAUCGAGGGGCGAAGCACCAGAGCCGAGAGCGCCUGGCUAUUCCGAGUCUGGUACAACUUCGACCAUAACUAUUUAAAGCCUCUCUUGACGCACAGCGGUCCCCCCCUCACCACCACGCUCCCCAGCUGCUGCGGACCCCUUGCAAGGUGUUUGACGAGUCCGCAGGCUUACGAGAAUCAAGAGCAACUGAAGGACGACGACUCAGAUCUGAUUCUGAACGAUGGAGACAUCAGUCUGACGUACGGGGAUUCCAGCGGGAACUCCGAUUCGUUGCCGUCGGGCGCCUCCAGGCGGGUGGCUGGAAACGGUUCCGAGGACAUGCUGGACCAGGAGCUGGCCUUCGGAGACCACGAACUGGUCAUCCGGGGGACACGCCUCGUUCUCCCCAUGGACGACUCCGAGCCUCCUUCCGGCAUGGUUGACAACGCUCGCCAUGGCCCGGCCUAAGAUCGGUUUCUUGAGACAACGGGGAGUCCGAGAAAGAGGAACCACAGGAACAAACGACAACAAAAAUAUCCGCAGAUGAUGGUGACGAAAACCUGGCUAUCGAUGACCCCAAAACCUACCGCAUGUCUCAGAACGUCUGAGCUGUAUAAAUACGAUUUAUUGAUACGGUGUCAGGAGAAACAUCCGCUAUCUGUGCAAAGGGAGCGAGCGGUUGAUUUUGUGCGUUUAGAGACAACCCUGGGAAAUCGAUGGGACUUGCACCAAAUAGCGGUGGAACUGUUUUAGAUACAGUUGGGCCACAGUUGGGAACGGAGGCCAGCUUUGCAACAACCCUUCCGGUUCUAUAGAGUGAUGUGGUGUUGUUGUUGUUUUUGGGUUGGAUUUUGACCAUCCAGUGCCCGUUUUGCUGAUGCCAGGGAAGGAAGGAAGGAGGGGCAAAGAUUUGAGCAGUGGGGAACUUUAGGCGAGGUGGCCAAGCUGCAGUUAGGCAGAAGAUCUAAGAAAAACUGAAGGGGAUUGCUUGAAGUCUUUAUUUUGAAGAACAUCUUCUGGAUGUUGGACGGAUGAUUUGGAGAGAGUUGUCCAGGGGGCUUCUGUUGUGGCCGCCUGGCUGUCCACACUGAAGGCAGAAUCAGCCAGAUGUUGGAUGCUGUGGACCUAACAAGCUUCUGACUUGGCAAGUUUUUGUGUGUGUGGACAGGUACAAUCUCCUUGGUUGUCCCGAUAGGCCAGAAGGUUUAUCCUCCGGACACCGAAGGUGGAUCAUUUUAUCAUUGUUUGGCUUUUAAUUUUUCUCUCGCCUUAUCUCAUCGCAUUAGGGUGAGGGACCGAAGGACGGGAGUACCGAAACAGCUACCGUUUUGUUAAUUUUCGUGCAGAGGAUUAGCACGCUGCUUCCGGAGCAGGUGGGAGGCACCCAGUUAGUUUUGAGCUUUCUAUUCUAGAAACCCCUGGGGGGGUGGGGUGGGGGCUGCAGAUUUUUUUUUUAAUGGGUGCACAUCUGCAAACACAAAAAAAGAAACAGCUGGAACAGUAGCACUUGGGACUGUUCAAAAAAAAACGCAGGUAGAGAUUCUACAGGGUUUUUGGGUUUGUUUUUUUUAAAGAUACUUGGAACAUCCGUCCAUUUGUAUAGUUGCACUGUUUGGUAUUGGUUGCACGAUAAUGCGUGUGUGUGUGUGUCUAUAAUGGGGGGGGGGGAGAUUUUUGUCUCAUCGUUUACAAAUCAGUGAGAAAAAUGCCGAUAAGGCUUAUUUCUUGGCCUUAUUUUUUUUUUCCUUUGCCUACGAAAGAGCUCUGAACCACCUACUGAUUUUUACAUUCAGUUUAUUCAGAUUUUUUUUUUCUUCCUUCUAACUUUCUGCUUCCGUCGUUUUGAGGAUUUUCAUUGCAUCUUUUCCAGGCACACCGGCAGAUCUGGUAACGGUUGCCGGCUGAACCUCAUCGCUUUCUUCUUUAGCAGAAAACACACACACAGCCAACUCUCGCGUUAGAAUUUCGAAAGAACUUUUUAAAUGCCCUGCUUUAUUCUAGUGACUUAACGGUCCCUGCUUUUUAAUCCCAUUUUAAAAACGGGUUUCGUUUCGAUCCUUCUUUUAGAUUAGCACGACCCGCGAGCAGCAGUAGAGUUUAGCUCCUCCGUCAAUCAAUCACCAGAGAAAUCUCUCAUCCUAAAAUAAACGUCGUGCAGCUAGGCAUGCUUUCCUCUAACCAAAGGAGGAAAAACACGCUCCAAAAAUUGUGGAAUGUUGUGACCAUUUUGUGCCCUGGAAGCAGGCUAUUUUAUUAUUUUAUUUUAUUUUUUCAUUUUCUUUAAUGAGAACAUUUGGGCUAAGAUUUAUGGAAGAGAAAAACCGAGUUGCUUCAUCCUUUUAAACCUUUAAAGAUUGGCUGUGCUGGACUUUUGCCUCCAAGUCCUUCUUCUGGUCCAGCAAGAAAUCAAUUCCAUUUCAGCCAUGAAAACAGAUUAACUUUUCGUUUUCCAAAAGUUCCACGUCUGAAUUAACUUUCUUCAAGUCUCCUUCAGAACAAUUUUGAGGACUUGCCUGCUCCUUUCCUCUUAGUUCCAUUCUGCUUUCACCGGCUCCCACCCAUCUUGAGUCACCCCAAUUCUGUAGUGACACCCCAUUCUUGAGAAGUAUAAAGCUUCACUGCACUGGAAAAUAAGAUUUUUUUCCCCCCUUCUCCUCUCUUUUAGGUCUUUUAUUAUUAUUUUUUUUCCUGCUAUGCAGGAACGUCAUUAAAUAUAUGUGAAUGCAUGUUGUGCUUCUAUAUAAUGUCUGUAUCUUAAUGUCCGAUGUUAAAAUAAUAAUAAUUAAUAGUACUAUUGCUAAUAAUAAUAAUAUGAGAAAUGUUCGUGUGAUAACUCUUCGGUUUCAAAUGUUUCUAAGCAACAGCUAAUGAUCUUGUGUAGCCUGAUUAGUCACGGAGUUUGCAGACUUCUGUAUCAGAAAAUGUAGAAUUUUGUCAAGGAGACAUACAGUGGAUUCCCUCUUCUGCUCCGUCCUCUCCAAUUUGGAAGAUUUGCACACUUUUCUACACUUAAGUUUCUUUUCUUUCUUUUUUGUAAAUCCUGACUAAAGACACCUUGCGUCCUCCAGAUGUUGUGGAACUACAGUUCCCAGCAGCCUCAAAUGUCACGGCCAAGAGGGUGGCAUGCUGGGAAUUAGAGUCCUCCAACAUCGGCAAGGUUGAAGGUUGUGCCCAUCCUGUUACGUGUACUUCAACAAACAUCUGGAAAGCCCCAUAUGGUCCCGCUUGAGACCUUUGCCCAGACCAAAAGUAAAACAAGAUCCUUGGCAAUUUUCGGUUGUGUGUCUAAAUUUGAUGUCUUAUCGGCAUGUAAUCAAUUAAAAGUGGAGCUGAGAAGUUUAGGGAGAUCCUAGAUCCCAAGGGAAUCCACAUUUCUUCAGUUCUGCUUUGCUGCCUUUAAACUGGACAAAAGAGGGAAAUGUCCCCACGCCCAACUCCGUGGUUGUGCGUCCUUUAUCCUCAAGUGCAGUUGUGCAGCACCAGACUAUUCCCGUAAAACUAUUCACCUCACACGUUUUCUUAUUUAUUUAAAGCAGCAACUUGCUAAAGUGCGUUGAGAGAGGACUUGUGAUGUAACCGUAGGUUUCCGUGCCUCUUGGUUAGAAACCUGGCAUAGACCUCUUGGUUUCAAGAGACAAGGCGAUGGUUCUUGGUGGUCCCUUGGAGAGGACAUCCUUGUAACAUCUUCUUGAGAAGGUGUCCUCCUAACGGGAACCCCUUGAAUGCAUCUUUCCUGAAACCUACAUUUAAGAAUGAAGGUUUGUUACAAGUUCUUUUGGGGAAAAGCAACCUGAUCUUCAGACAAACCCACCAACCAACCAACCUUCUGAGGCUGAAAUCCUGCAUCUUUGAGAAUUUCUCUUUCUAAAUGUAAUAAUAAUACACUCCAAACUUGUGCAAGUUUGCCGUUAAGACAUAAUAAUAACCGCUGCACCACUCCAGACUUGGAAUGCCUGGGAUAGUUUUCAACUGCUGAUUGAGUUAAUACUCUCCUAUUGGGAGGUGGAUCCCAGGUUUCUUGGCCAGUCAGUAAUCGGGAACCCUUCAACGCUGGAACCUUCAGAUCCCCACUGCGGUUCCUCCAGGAUUAACCAUGAUCUGCCACAGAUUGAACAUGACGUUGAUAAGUGUUGUGUUUCUUUGAUGCCGCAAGAAAAGCAAUUCCCUUGUGCUUAAUUUCUCCGGGGCCCAGUUCUUAACACGACCUCCAAAAACAGCAGUGGGGAUUUAUAAGUUUGUGACUCCAACUGUGGGUUUAAAAUCAGUUAAACCCUCAAAAUACGCUUUUUUCUCUCCUGUAAAGAUUCAACUUCUGCAUCGGUGACGUCGUACUUUCAAGUUCUAGUGUUCUCUACUUAACUGUUGAAUUGUCUCUUUUUAUGGUAUUGACUGCUGUAGUUGUGGCAUUCUUUGUAACGAUAACCCUUAAGCAUAAUAAUUGCACCUUUCUUUUCGGUUGAUGAUAACUCAAGUCUUUUAUUGUUACUUGCACUGUGAAAGAAAUCAUGGGCCUAUAAAAUAAGUUUCUUCAAAUCGGAUGCGUCUGCGUGGUUUUUCACUCCACACGAACAUGUGUUUUUAAAAGUGAUUUAUUCCUCGAUCGGUGGACUUGGUUACUGUUGUUUUUUUAAAGUCACGUUGUGUCUUGCAGCUAUAAAUCACACACCACCGAAAAAAGAAAGAUGUGCCAAGUGGAAAUGGAAGCUGCAUCAAGAUUCUGUACAAUAACUUAGCGUAACGUAAUUAUAAAUAAAUAAAACGGCCUCUUUGUCGA